AUGGCGCUUUGCGCGAUCGUCAACCAGCCUACCGCAGACACCAGCCCAUCUGUGGUACACAACUCUUACGCCGAGUCGGAUAGCUCCACAGAGCUGAACGCUGAUAGUGACACCAGUAUAUCUGAGAACGGAACACAGACGUUAGCCCGUUCAAGACGCAAGAUGCCUCCGUCGAAGCCCAUCAAGGAGCAGCUUGGUGGCCUGUAUGAGGAGAAUGUCACAGCUAAGAUCUUCAGAACAGCUACAAAAGAUCUUGUCAACAAUAAUCCUCCCGUAGCGUAUCCCGAGUACGUGCUACAGACUGGCCCCGAAGCUGGUGAAUAUCACCUGAGGGAAGCUUCUUUCUGGACAUGCGGUUUCUUCCCAGGUAGCAUCUACUCUCUGAUUGAGAGAUUGGUCAAAUUUCCUCAGACUAUGCCCGGAGAUAGCGACAAGAGUGCGUUGCUCUCGAAACUCUGGUCACUGGGUGCUGCGUGGUCAGAGCCUCUCCAUGAGACGGCGAAGCGGACGGACACCCAUGACAUGUCUUUCAUGAUCCAGCCUUCAAUGAGAGUGCGGUGGGAAGUUGCUCAGGACAAGCAAGCCCUUGACUCUAUUACCACAGCGGCUAAGGCGUUGUACACCCGAUACAACGACACCGUUGGAGCGAUCAGGUCGUGGGAUGCUCUCACCCAGCAUGGAGUCACGAUUACCAGUCUGACAGAUGACUUCCUGGUCAUCAUCGACUCGAUGUGCAACCUUGAUUUGCUUUACUACGCUGCAUCCCACACGGGAGAGACGUAUCUUUGGGAAGCCGCCACGAAACACGCAAAGACAUUGAUCAAGUCAAACUUGCGACCGGAAAAGGAUCCCAGAGGCGAAGUGAAGGGGCCGUUCUACAGCACCAUUCAUGUUCUCAACUUCGAUCCCAAGAACGGCGAUAUCAAGGAAAGGCGUACAGGUCAGGGCUACAACGCCGAAUCUACGUGGGCAAGAGGCCAGGCUUGGGCCAUUCUUGGCUACGCGCAGACCUUUCUGUGGACGGGCGAUGUGGAGUUCUUGGAUGUGGCCCUAGGACUGGCAGAAUACUUUAUCUUCCGCCUCGAAUCUUCACCAAAGUCAGUUGAGUUCCCCGUGGAAGGCGAGAACAGGACAAAGGGCCGCUAUGUACCUCUCUGGGACUUUGACGCACCCAUUGAAGACAAAGCGAACCCCCUGAGAGACUCUUCGGCCGGUGUCAUCGCUGCCAACGGCAUGCUCGUCCUCUCUCAGGCUCUAGCUGGCCAAGGUUUGAACGAAGAAAGCGUCAGAUGGCGCGACAUGGCUGUUCUGAUUGUCAAAGACACAUUGGACUUUUCGUUGGCUACCGAGAAGGCGAAGCUCGUGUUCCGAAACGGAGACAUCUCAGCCAUCAAUAUCGAAGAGGAUAAGACUUUUGAAGCCAUUCUGAAGAACGCGACGGCGAAUCACAACUCACGCGAUCACAAGCGUUAUUGGGAUCACGGCUUGGUGUAUGGAGACUACUACCUCAUUGAGUUCGGAAACAGGUUGCUGAAGAUGGGACUGGUCUAA